AUGGCAAACGCACCUGUAGCUGUUAUCGCAGGUCUUGGUUCGGGCACUGGCACUGGCGCGGCAACAGCUCGCCUCUUAGCUAAAGAAGGCUACGCUAUUGCCCUCAUAGCUCGCGGCUCCGACUCUCUCAAAGCCAUCUACAACGAGAUCAACAUUGCCGGUGGGACUGCUGUCUCGUUCCUCAUCCCGUCGUACAGCGCCGUGGACGUUAACACUAUAUUUGAUCAAAUCCGUGCCCGCUACGAUGGCCAGCCCAUCCGCUUUGCGCUCUACAAUGUCGGACAUGGCGUCUGGAAACCGUUCCUUGACAUCACACCCGAGGACGUCCAAGCUGUGAACCAGACAAACAUCGAGGGCGCUUUUGCUUUCUCAAACAACGUCAUUCGAGCUUUCCUGGUGAACGAAAUCGACGAGAAGGGGAAAAGAGGGUCAUUGAUCUUCACGGGAGCCACGGCGAGUGUCAGAGGGAAUGUCAGCACCAGCGCAUUCUCAGCUGGGAAGCACGCUAUGAGGGCAUUGUCGCAGAGUCUGGCGAAAGAGUUCGGCAAGCAGAAUAUCCACGUCUCCCAUGCGAUCAUCGAUGGCGGCAUCUUGACCAACCUUUCUCGACAACGUCGCAACGACCCAGCAUGGGAACAGAAUGAAGAUCUUAGGCUGUCUCCCGAGGGUAUAGCAGAGUCCUACCUGUACCUCGCCAAGCAGCCUAGGUCGACUUGGACAUGGGAGCUGGAUUUGCGUCCCGCUCAUGAGAAGUGGUAGAGAAUUUAACAGGUUUCUAAAGUUCAAAUGCCAUUGUGCUAUUAAUUUCAAUUGUCUUGCUCUGUACCAACCAUCACAAACCAUGUUUUUUUCUCCCCAUUCACGGACUUGAUUAACCAAGGAAGGCACGAAACGUUCCAACAAUUCACGCAGUCUAUCGACUUGCAAGUUCUCAUGGAUUGAAAUCUUGGGUGACG